CGAAGCAGAAGCAAAUGGUUAAAGUUGCCUCAGUUUAGUUUUAGUUGUACGCGAUCUGCUCUUCGUUUGCGUUCGCGUUGCACCAGAUGCGUUGUUAAGUAAUUGCGCAAUUAAUAUAGGUCACCUUUGGGUGUUUUGUUAUUCUUAAGUACUUUGCGCAAAACUCAAGAAAAAGAUAAGAAGAGCCACAUUUCACAAAAAAAAAAAAAAAAAAAAAAUAUUUUUUUUUUUUAGAAAAUAUUUAAAAAAAAAUAUGAAAAAACAAUCAAAUCCAUUCCAAGUUUUUUUGAAACAACUGAGAAAAUUCGUCGUGGUAAGAAAAUUUGUCUCCUCACGUGACUCGUGUUCAAGCAGUUAUAAGAACUUCAACAAGAAAAAAUCUGCAAAGAAAUAAAAAAGUGAAAAAAAGUGCCUUAAAUAAACGUCAACUUAAAAAUUAAAUAAAAUGACCGUGAAACCUGCUUAGUGCCUUAUUUGCUAAUAAAAUAGCGAAGAAAACGAAGAAGAAUUUGAACGUACAAGUGCAAUAUUUUUGUGUGGUUAAGAAAAGUUAUAUGGAUGAAAAAUUAAAUAUGAACAAGUGAUUUUUAUUAAAUAAUAUAAAAUUUAAAAAAAAAAUAAAACUAAAAAAAAAAUAAAUAAAAAACAAAAAGUUAAAGAAAUACAAUAAUUAAAAAAAAAAAUAAAAAAAAAAUAAUUAAAAUAAAAAAAAUUUUUGAACAACAUCUUCGCUUCGUGGAUAUUUUAUAAAAUAAUUUAAUUUUUUAUAUAUAACUGAGUUGUGAGUGCGCACGCAUCAAAUGGAUGCACCGUCGAUGGUUCAAUCGUCCCUCGGAGGCGCCCUGAUCGUGCGAAAUCUCGUAAGUGGCGAUCAAAUGGUCAUACCGCCGCAGUCAAAGGUCGAUAACCACACCGAAUCGAUCGAAACGCUCGCCAUGGAGUCACCUCCCAACACAAAUCCACGAAACGAAGACCAAAGUCAUAGAAAUAGCAGUAGUCAUAGCAGUAGUUUUUUAGUAGCGACAAAUAGUGAUUUAGUGCAUAGUAACGAAUCGGAAUCAAACAGUGCCACAACCAUCGCCGAUGAUGACGAAGAUCGCGACGGAUCCACAAAAAAAGGGGAAUCCAAACUCCCGCAAUGCAAAAUCAAGCGAAAUUACUCGUGCAACAACUGUAACUACUUCACGCAGAACCCGCGAAAGUUUCUCAUGCAUUUACGGGACACGCACGGCGAAAAAAUCAACAUAAACGAGUGCAAACUCUGCCUUUACGCAUCGCGGCAUUAUCAGAAACUCGUAAGGCACAUGCGAAUGGUGCACGGAAGUACGGAAGGUAUCAACGAACCAACGCAAUCGCGACGUCAUCGAAGCAGUUUGAAACUUAUGCGGCAAAAACGCACGCCCCCCAUCUACCAUGAUGACUCCGAAGAACGUCCCGAGGAGCCUAAUUUCAUUCCGAAGUACGAUAAUACGACGCCGGGCAUCGAUAUGGGUCCGCGACUCAACAAAUGUUCAAUGUGUAGUUUCACGGCGUUGUCGAAUGAUAGUUUGACGGCGCACGAACGCGAGGAUCACGCUUCCGAGGAGUUUUUCCGAUGCACGAGAUGCAAUUAUGUGACGCAUAAGAAGGCGCGGUAUAGCAAACACAUUAAAUAUCAUUCGAUGCCGAUGAUCAAGUGUCAUAUGUGUGAUUUUAGGACGCCGUACAAAUGGAAUUUGGAUCGUCAUAUGAAGAAUCAUGGCGGGCAGGGACCUUUCAAGUGUAGCGCUUGCACAUUUACGGCAGAUAUCAAGCAGAGUUUGACGGUUCAUGAGACAAAUCAUCAUAUUCCUCCAAUUGGCGGGCAUUCCAUCGGUGAAGUUGCGCAUGAUUGGCCUGAAGAUUUGUCGAUGUCAUCCAGUCACAACAGCCAGGAGGAUGAUGAUACUCCCUUGGAUUAUACUGUCAUGAAGUCUCCCGAAUCCGAUCAGCAUAGUGGCGAAACGUCAUCCGAAGGUUCAUAUCGCAAGAAAGCUCGCCCAAUUCCCAGUUUGAUUCCCAUCAAUGACACGUACAACGCGCUGAAGAUCCCGAAAGCGAACGAAGUUCAAGCGAAAGCUGCUGUCAAUUAUUUGAACGAAAUUUACAUGAACACGAUAAAAAGCAUCACAAUGUUAUUCGGGCAAGAUCAACCAAAUCCCGAAGCAGCCACGAGUCCCAUUCCCGUGGAUGAGGAAACAGUAACGAAGAAGAAAUCUGCCUCCAUUUUCGAAAAGCUGCAAGAAAAAAUAAAUCUCAGUCAAUUGAGUGAAGAUAAUCUCACCUGUGCCUGCGGUUAUCAAGGCAAAUGUUUGUCCGAUAUCUUCAUGCAUCAAAAUAUCUGCAAAAAAUCCCAAGAAACGAAUCAACAACAACAACCUUCAAGCAGCGACUUACCCAGUCCGACAUUAGCGUCACUUUUCAGUUCGACCCGAUGCCAAUAUUGUCGUCAUCGAUGCAAAACCACAGACGAUUUGCUCGCGCAUCUCAAAGUUUGUAUCGAAGCACAACAAGCCGAUACCGCAAGCGAAGCCGGGAGCGAUGUCAAAUGCGAAAAAAUGUCAACAAAUGGCGAAAGCAGCGGCAGUGCUGACGAAGCGGCAAUUGACAAUCCAGCUGAAGCGCCCCCUACCGGCGGAAUAAGUUGGAUCCCAAAUAACGCAAACGCGGCAAUGCAAAUGGCGUUUAUGGAUCAAAUUCUGUCGCAUAACAUCGAAGUUAUCAGCGAGAAUAACAAUGGCGAGUCAAUUAUCGUGGAUCAUCCCAAAAUCGCCAAAUCCGGCAUGGGAUUCCCCAAAAAGUCCUCGUUCGUGUCGAUGAAGAAGGUUUUCAAAUGUCCCCAUUGUUCGUUUUGGGCAUCGACCGCUUCGCGAUUUCACGUGCACAUUGUCGGCCAUCUUAACAAGAAACCGUUCGAGUGUUCGUUGUGUGCGUAUCGCUCAAAUUGGCGCUGGGACAUCACAAAGCACAUUCGUCUAAAGACUGUCAGAGAUUCGAAUCAUAAGACGGCGAAGGUGUUGAUGAACGAUGAGACAGGCAGGAGAAAUUAUACGAAAUAUAACAAGUAUAUCACGUUGAUGGGCGUGAAUGAUAAUGAUACGAAUACGAAGCAGUCGAAAGCGGAUGACAGUAUCUUGUUGCAGCAUCAAGAACAGCAAAAUCGGGAAAAUGGCGGUUCAACUCCGACUUCUAUGGAUACUUCCAAUCCUUAUCUAGCCAGUGCAUUGUCCUUCGGGAAGAAUUCUCACAACAACAACAACGAUGACAGUCAACUUUCUGACGGAGAAAGUAACAACAAUAACAAGAAAACGCAUUUCAAGUGCAAAAAAUGCAAUUUCAAGAGUUACGACAGAGACGAAGUCCUUGGGCACGUAAAGCAACAUUACAUCGAUGCUGGUUUGUUUAAUUCUGCGAUCGCUCCCAAGCCCAUGAUCCAGAUUGCGACCCCGAAACUCGAUUAUUUCGGUUUAAUGGAGCCGCCAUCGCGUUGCGUGUCAAAUUUGAUGCAAGUCAUGCCGGAAUUGACGAUCAAAACGCCGCCAUUGCUUCCGCCGCCAAACGGUGAGACUCCGCAAGCGUCAAAUCCAUCCGAACUUUCUGCCAUACUGAAAAAUAACAAUCUGGCAAGUAACUCCCCUAACAGUGCGACGAUGGAGUUUGGCGAUAACAUGCAUAACAUGGUGACGGCGGCAAUUCAGCUCGCGGGUGACGGAGGAAAUUUAACGAAUUUGGCUCAGUUCAAAAUUCCAACGACUCCGAACAACAACAACAACAACAACACAAACACGACAAAAAAUAACAACAACAACAACACUUCUUCUAACAUUUCUACUUCUUCCUCUUCUUCCGCCAACACGUCAGUAACGACGGGCAAGAAUACAAAUACGGUUCAGGGCUCUUGUAGCAGUAACACUUCUACUUCUAGUAAUAACUCUUCAUGGCGUGGCCCAGCUCCAUAUCGCUGCGGUCAUUGUCAUCAAGUAUCUAACUGGAAGCAUGUUAUUCAGCGGCAUUGUCGCUUGAAGCACAAUGGCAAUAUUUCCAUCGAGCAGCUUGGAAAAACCAAUAACAACAGUGGCCGAAUGCGAGAAGAUGCCCGUUCGCGUCGUAUCCGCUUCCAAUCUCCCAACUCCAACAACAACUCUUCCGUCGUCACUUCAUCUUCUUCUUCCAACAACGCCAUUUUCGGUAAUUUCUCAUCACAAUUAAAAGCUGCGGGCGGCGUCAACAUGCUGGAAGACCUUUUAAAGCGAAAUUCCGACGCAAAAUCCGUUUCCAACGAAAUUUCCAUCGAGAAAAAAUACAAAUGUUUCGACCCGCUCUGCCCUUAUCAGUCAAAUUGCAAGUCGCAGUUCGAAAAUCACAGCUCGUGUCACAAAGUUCAGCCUCCGGGCGAGGAUUCGGAAGUGUUUCGAUGCAACAUUUGCACGUACAAUGUGUCGCAUCGUCAUUUGCUGCUCCAACAUUUGAAGAUUCACGCGAAUGACGCGCAAGGAAAUGAAGAUUCUGUCGAUUUAACGGAUGAAACUCCUUUAACGAUGGCUGAACAAAGCGGUUUCAAAGGGCAAACGCAGCGUUUUUUGUACUUUUGUCGUCAUUGCCCUGCGCGAUAUCUCUCAAAACCCGAAAUUGAUCAACAUUUGAGCAUGCACGACGCUGGAUUUCCGCAUAAAUGUCGCCUUUGCUCGUACACGGAACAAUCGGAGGCAAGUAUUCAGCAUCAUCUGACGGCGCACACGACUUAUUAUCAGGAAAAAACGAAAGAAUUCCAACGGAAAUACCAAACGGACCCCGAUCAUCCAAUGCCACGCAUCGAACCCGAAGUCCAACCCUCGACAAGCAACCAAACAAAUCGCGAACAAUCCUGGAUUGUGAUUGCGCCGCCUCCGUUGCCCGCAAAUUUACUAAAAUCCCUUUACGAUCAAAAAAUGUUUGGACUUUUAUCACUGCUGACCACGUGCAAAUAUUGCCCGUUCAAUGCUGAGACGCCAGAUGCCCUCCAGCUGCAUCUCGUGCAUCACAAACGCUUCUCCGGCAAAGAAUUUCCCUGCAAAUGCGAACAUUGUGACUACUCGGCGGGCACUUUUACGCAGCUAACGGAGCACUUGAAGCUCCAUUUUAGCUUCAUACAAAAUUCGCGCGCCGAAAAUGACCAAAAAAAUGUCGCUUUUUACACGAAUUACGACCAACUGGAGCUCAAAUGUGUCGAUUUGAGCAAAGUUAAGCCCGAAAAUGACACGGAUGAGGAACCGGACUUUGUUUUUAGCGAAAACACGGACAAAGCAUUGAAACAAAAAAGGUUAGAGAUGAUUGGAAAUGUGGCGACAAAGGACAAAAUCAUCGUGCGACUCGACUAAAGUUACAGGGAAAAUGUUCAAAAAAAUUUUUUUUUCGUCUUCAGAGAUUUUUUCUCGUUAAAAACGGACCAAGUCUAUUUAUAUACAACAUUUAUAAAUAAAAAUAAUUAAAAAAAUAGUUUCAUGAAAAAAAACAUAUAAUAGGUUGCCAUAAAAUAAUGUAAGAAAAAUUAAAAAUAAUCAAAAAAAAAAAUAUUUAAUCAACAAAAAUAAAUGUAAAACAU